AUGUCUACCUUUGGCUACAGAAGAGAGCUUAGUAAAUAUGAGGACAUUGAUGAAGAUGAGCUCCUCGCUUCUCUGACCGAAGAGGAGCUGAAGGAAUUGGAGAGGGAGCUGGAGGACAUAGAACCUGACCGUGCCGUUCCAGUAGGGCAACGGCAAAAGAGUCUAACAGAGAAAACCCCAACGGGGACUUUCAGCAGGGAAGCGCUGAUGGCCUAUUGGGAAAGAGAGACCAGAAAACUCUUGGAAAAAGAAAGGCUAGGUGCAUGUGACAAGCAAGAGGAAGACAAUGCAGAAGAUAUUCAGGAAGAAUGUUUCACAGAGAGCAACAGUGAAGUCUCUGAGGACGCGUACACUGAAGAGGAUGAGGAUGAGGAAGAGGAGGAGGAUGAAGAAGAAGAUGAAGAUGAAAGUGAUGAAGAUGAAGAAAAGCAAAAUGCUGCAGCUGGCGAAAGAACUUUGAACUGUGAAGGUGGCAGGAGUUCUGACCACAGUAAACGCAAGAAAGGCAGCAGCCAGGACAAUGAAACCCUUUUCAAUGGCCACAAUGGAAAAGACACAGACAGUCCGAGCUUUAAAUCCAGUGCCAUCCACCCUUGUGGAAAUCCCACUGUUAUUGAGGAUGCUUUGGAAAAAGUUAGGAACAAUGAUCCCGACACCACAGAGGUCAACCUGAAUAACAUAGAAAACAUCACUUCACAGAUGCUUAUACAGUUUUCUCAAGCCCUCAGGGACAACACAGUAGUUAAGUCAUUCAGUCUGGCUAACACGCGUGCUGAUGACAAUGUUGCAAUAGCUAUUGCCGGGAUGUUAAAGGUGAACGAGUACAUCACUAGUCUGAACAUUGAGUCAAAUUUUAUCACAGGCAAAGGGAUACUGGCCAUCAUGAGAGCUUUGCAGACUAACAAGGUUCUAACAGAAUUACGAUUCCAUAACCAAAGGCAUAUAAUGGGCAGCCAGGUGGAAAUGGAUAUAGUUAAGCUGUUGAAAGAGAACACCACUCUAGUCAAGCUGGGAUACCACUUUGAGCUUGCUGGACCAAGAAUGAGCAUGACAAGUAUCCUGACAAGAAACAUGGAUAAACAAAGGCAAAAGCGUAUGCAGGAGCAACGGCAACAAGAGCCCGGUUGCAAUGGAGCAAUCAGUCCUAAGACCAAAGUCUUGCAGAAAGGAACUCCUCGGUCCUCACCUUAUGUGUCACCUAAGAGCUCACCUUGGUCCUCUCCCAAGCUCCCUAGGAAAGCCCCAGCCACAAAAGGUCAGGUCCCAGCUCCAGCUGCAGCACCUCCACCUCCUCCACCUCCGCCUCCUCCCCCACCUCCGCCUCCUCCCCUAGUAUUUCCAGAGAAAAAGGUACCAACUAGGAAUAUAGCUGAGGUCAUCAAACAGCAAGAAAGCUCGAAAAAAGCCUUACAAAAUGGACAGAAAAAGAAGAAAGGCAAAAAGAGCAAAAAAAGAGAGAACAGUAUAUUGAAAGAAAUUAAAGAUUCUCUAAAAUCAGUCUCAGACAGAAGAUCAGAAGAAGGUUCACGACCCUCCACUCGACCCUCCACCCCACAAAGGUCUCUCCAUGACAAUCUUAUGGAAGCAAUUCGAGCAAGCAGCAUAAAGCAGUUAAGGCGGGUGGAGCUUCCAGAAGCCCUUCGGUGA